CCUAACCCACAGGAAAAGAAAAUUUGAAUUAAAGAGAGUCUCUGAUAGAAAGCUUCCCUUUUUUUCUUCCUCCCUAUUUCUAGUAUAGGGUUUAAUUUAUUCUCCACAUUGAAUUUCAAAAGAAAAGAAUCUAUAAUUUAACAAAACACAAAAAUCCCUGAAUCUCAAAUUUCUUAAUCUGAAUUCUUUUCAGUUUUUAUGCUUUAAAUUGAUUUCUUUUUAAAGCAAAUUAUAGUUAAAGAAAUGGGUCAAAUUCCUCUCCCUGUUUGUUCCCAUUAUUGAAGCAUUCUUUAGACUUUGAUGGCUGCGGCGAGGAAUCUGAUCGGAGAUGCGGGAAGCAUUAGGCCAACAAUGAGGGACGAAGAGAAGGCCAAAGAGAACGAUUCGCCUUCCUCUAAGAAGCCCAAGUUGGAAAGGUCCCCUUCUACCAGAUGGGAAUUCGCUGCCGCUUUUGGGGUCUUCGCCGUCUUCUCCACCGGUUUGUUUUGCAUCUACUUGACAAUGCCUACUUCUGUCUAUGUCAACCUCAAGCUGCCUCGUACCAUUUCAGAUCUUCGCUUUCUCAAGGACCAUCUUGCGACAUAUGCCAAAGAUUAUCCAGCACAGUUCAUCCUGGGUUACUGCUCUACAUAUAUUUUCAUGCAGACUUUUAUGAUUCCUGGAACAAUUUUCAUGUCACUACUAGCCGGAGCUCUUUUUGGUGUUGUUAGAGGGCUAUUCUUAGUUGUCUUGAAUGCUACUGCUGGGGCCUCUUCCUGCUUUUUCUUGUCCAAGUUGAUUGGGAGGCCUAUAGUAAAUUGGUUGUGGCCUGAGAAGUUGAGGGUUUUUCAGGCUGAGAUAGCAAAGCGUAGGGAAAAGUUGCUGAAUUACAUGCUCUUUUUAAGAGUAACUCCAACAUUGCCCAACCUUUUCAUCAAUUUGGCAUCUCCAAUUGUUGACAUACCUUUUCAUGUUUUCUUUUUGGCUACAUUGCUUGGACUUAUUCCAGCCUCCUAUAUAACUGUCAGGGCAGGCCUUGCUCUUGGGGAUCUCAAGUCAGUCAAGGAUCUUUAUGAUUUUAAAACUUUGUCCAUGCUCUUCCUCAUUGGUUCCAUCAUCAUAUUUCCUACCCUCCUAAAACGAAAGCGGAUAUACGAGUGAAGGUUUUCUUAUGGAGGCCUAUCUUUCUGAGGUAGUGAAGGAAGAUCUCAUGAUCUCUAGCUAAUCAGAGGAUUUGAGAAAGAACAUAGACAAGUUCUGCCACAAAGCACUGGAGGCUGAUUACUCCUCCCUUGUGAUGUCCAGAAGUGAAAAUAGAUAUAGUUUUUUUUUAUAAUUCUAUGUGUAUAUAUAAUUUUUAUAUAAUGAAUAUGGAUUAUUUACAGUCGGGAGGCAGAAAUAUUCUAGGAGAAAAGUGUGUUGAUACUAUUACUCCAAUGUUAGAAUACCUGUUGCUGCAUUGCUGUCGUAAUGUAACAAAUAGUGUUUUUGUAAUGAAAAAGUAAUAGUGUUUGUUA